CGUGUACGCUCUAGUCAUGUUCGUUCAUCUACUUUUAGUGGCCAGCCUGGGUGUGCUGUGGAUUUAUCUUCAUUUUAAGCAACGGUACCGCUUCUGGGCUGAUCAUAAAGUGCCUUUUCUGGAGCCUUCAUUCCCGGUUGGAAACGUAGCCGAUACACUGAAGCCAACCAUACACUUUGCGCAUAUAAUUGAGAAGCUGUACAAGAGAUUGAAAUCGCACGGUGAUUAUGUCGGAAUUUACUUCUUCCGCGAUCCGGUACUGUUGGUGCUGUCGCCCGAGUUCGCCCGCACGAUACUGGUGAAAGAUUUUAACUACUUCAUCGAUCGUGGCGUGUACAGCAAUGAAGAGGUGGAUCCACUGUCGGCUAACCUCUUCUUCAUGGAGGGUAAUCGAUGGAGAAAGCUACGAUCGAAACUAGCACCAACGUUUACGUCCGGGAAGCUAAAAGCCAUGUUCCAUACGAUAGUGGACGUAGGCAACCGGUUGGAUCAGUAUCUGGCGGAAAGAUGCAUCCAGAAGCAGCGGCUCGACAUCAAGGAGCUUCUCGCACGGUUCCUAACUGACGUUAUUGGCUCGUGUGCGUUCGGAAUCGACUGUAACAGCAUAGACAACCCCAACUCACAGUUCCGGCAGAUGGGCAAGCGUAUGAUCAAUCUUCCCAAGCUAAAAGCGCUCAAAUUGUUCUUCGCCAUGAUGUUCCGGAAGCAGGCGCGUGCGCUUGGAAUUCGCUUCAACGAUAAAGAUGUGUCUGAUUUCUUCUUGAGCGUUGUCCGGGACACGAUUCGCUAUCGGGAGGAAAGUAAGGUUCGCCGAGAUGAUUUUAUGCAGCUGCUCAUAGACAUGAUGAAGGAGAAUGGUGCAGGAAAUGGUGAAAAUUUAACGUUCGAAGAGAUUGCAGCCCAAGCGUUCGUGUUUUUCUUUGCCGGGUUUGAAACUUCCGCGACCACAAUCACGUGCGCUUUGCAUUUGCUAGCGAAGCAUCCGAAAGUGCAAGAGGAAGCACGGAAGUGUGUUCGGGAUGUGCUAGCGAAACACGAAAACAAACUAUCGUAUGACGCGGUGAUGGAAAUGGAGUACAUUGAAUGGAUCAUAAACGAAACACUUCGCCUGUAUCCACCAGUAGCAACACUUCACAGGAUAACCACUCAACCCUAUCAACUACCAAACGGAUCCAUCCUACCGGAAGGCGUUGGAGUGAUUCUACCGAAUCUAGCCUUCCAAAACGAUCCCGAUUACUUCCCAAACCCGCACGACUUUCAACCGGAACGCUUUGCCGUUAAGAAUGAUUUUAAAAACAAUUUUAGCUAUCUUCCGUUCGGUGAAGGACCUCGGAUCUGUAUUGGAAUGCGAUUCGGAUUGCUUCAAACGCGGCUUGGAUUGGCUAUGCUGGUGAGGAAUUAUGAUUUCACGAUUGAUCGUGCCGAAGCCGAACGUCCGCUGCGUAUCGAUCCGAUCAAUCUGCUGCAUGGUCCUGCGGGAGAAGUAUGGUUGAACGUGAAACGUAUCGUUGACAUCCACAAUCCACCCUCCGGUGUUAGUACAGCAUGCCGGGAAGAGAUAACCAAUGGCACAUUCGUCUUUUCACAGCGCGAAAAUCUAAAGUUCAUCAGCAGCACCGCCAGUCCAACCCGUGCCUCCAACAUGCCAAACCGUGCCGCUAUACAAAUUCUUGGCCCUUCUCCGAACGGGAUAAAGCUGUACGCGCUUAUUGGUGGCCUAGUGUACUAUGUCAUAAGGAAACAAUCCUACUGGAAGGAGCGUGGCAUACCUCAUCCAAGUCCAGCAUUCUUCCUGGGCAGCUUUAAGGAAGCCGGCAUGAAGAAACAUUUUUCGGAUUAUCUUGACGAAUAUUAUCGCGAGUACAAGGGCAAACAUCCAUUUAUGGGCGUGUACAUGCUGAUGUCACCCGUUGUGUUACCUACCGAUCUGGACCUUGUGAAAUCUAUCUUGGUGAAAGACUUCCAAUACUUCCACGAUCGUGGCACUUAUUACAAUGAAAAGCAUGACCCACUGACAACUCAUCUGUUCAAUCUGGAGGGUCAGAAGUGGAAAAAUCUUCGGAACAAGCUAACACCAACGUUUACAUCAGGCAGGAUGAAGAUGAUGUUUCCAACGAUCGUUGAAGCUGGAAAGCAGCUAAAAAGCUUUAUGGAGGAAAACGUACAACAGCAGAGUGAUCUGGAGUUGAAAGACAUUAUGGCGAGAUUUACGACGGAUGUGAUCGGAACGUGCGCGUUCGGUAUCGAGUGUAACAGUAUGCGUGAUCCAAAUGCGGAGUUCCGGGCGAUGGGCAAACUGUUUGUAGAACGUCAACCUUCGCACUUGGUAAACAUCAUAGUUCAGUUUUCUCACAAGCUCAGCCGAAAGUUAGGUGUCAGGUUCAUCGAUAAGGAAGUUUCAGAUUUCUUCCUGAAAGUGGUUAAGGACACCAUUGACUAUCGUUUGAUAAAUGGUAUAGAGCGUAAUGAUUUUAUGGACUUGAUGAUCAGGAUGCUAAGGAAUACGGACAACUCUCAGGACUCGCUCACAUUCAACGAGGUAGCUGCACAAGUGUUCGUAUUCUUCUUUGCUGGGUUUGAAACGUCCUCUACUCUGCUGGCUUGGUCCUUGUAUGAGCUGGCACUUAAUCCGGAAAUUCAGGAGAAGGGUCGUCAAUGCGUGAAGGAAGUCCUGCAGAAGCACAACGGAGAGAUGACUUACGAGGCUGUAAUGGAGAUGAAAUAUUUGGAUCAAAUCUUGAAAGAGGCCCUACGCAAGUAUCCACCACUGCCUAUACAUAUCCGCGUGGCUACCCAGGACUAUCCCGUUCCGAACACGGAUUCCGUCAUUGAAGCUGGCACUUUAGUGUUGGUUCCAGUCUUCGCGAUUCAGCGUGAUCCGGAUGUAUUUCCUGAGCCGGAGAAGUUCGACCCCGAUCGAUUCACACCGGAAGAAGAAGCAAAACGCCAUUCAUGUGCUUGGACACCAUUCGGGGAUGGUCCGAGGGUGUGCAUUGGGCUGAGGUUCGGAAUGAUGCAGGCAAGAAUUGGAUUGGCGAAUCUGUUACAGGGCUUAAGCUUUGCUCCAUGUGAAAAAACGUCAAUUCCGAUGAAGUUUGUGACCAACAAUAUUAUCCUGUCCCCGAAGGAUGUAUUUCAUUGGUCUUUUUCGGUGAACGAAGCAAAAAUGUGGUCCAUAGAAGCAGUCGUGGCACUUUUGGCACUGUUGGGCAUGCUGGUGUACUACGUCAUACGAAAACAAUCCUACUGGAAAGAUCGUGGCGUACCUCAUCCAAGUCCAACAUUUUUCAUCGGUAGCUUUAAGGAUGCCGGAACUAAGGUACACUUCUCGGAAUAUCUGGAACGAUAUUACAGCCAGUACAAGGGCAAAUAUCCAUUUGUGGGCGCAUACCUGCUAGUAUCGCCAGUCGUUAUUGUAACGGACCUGGGACUGGUAAAAUCAAUCUUAGUCCGAGACUUCCCGUACUUCCACGAUCGUGGCACGUACUACAACGAGAAGGAUGAUCCGUUGACAGCUCACCUGUCGAAUCUGGAAGGUCAACGAUGGAAAAACCUAAGGAACAAGCUUACACCCAUAUUCACCUCCGGAAAGAUUAAGAUAAUGUUCCCAACCAUUGUUGAGGCUGGUAAGCAGCUGAGGGACUUCAUGGAGAAUAAUGUUCAAAAGCAAAGUGAACUGGAGCUCAAAGAUAUUAUGGCAAGAUUUACGACAGAUGUGAUUGGAACGUGUGCGUUCGGUAUCGAGUGUAAUAGUUUACGCGAUCCAAACGCGGAGUUCAGAGCGAUGGGCAAACUGUUUGCAGAUAAUCCACCAUCGAACUUUGUGAAUUUUAUGAUACAGGUGUCUCCAAAGCUUUGCCGAAUGUUAGGCAUUAGACUGCUAGGGAAGGAUGUGUCGGCCUUCUUCCUGAAAGUGGUUGAGAAUACCAUCGAUUUUCGGGUGAAGAAUGGCAUACAGCGAAACGACUUUAUGGACUUGAUGAUACGGAUGCUACAGAACAAUACAAAUCCCGAGGAAUCGCUCACAUUCAAUGAAAUAGCUGCCCAGGCGUUCGUAUUCUUCUUUGCUGGGUUUGAAACGUCCUCUACUCUGCUAACCUGGACACUGUACGAGUUGGCGUUGAAUCCGCAAAUUCAGGAAAAGGGUCGUCAAUGCGUGAAGGAGGUACUGCAGAAGCACAACGGUGAGAUGACUUACGAGGCUGUAAUGGAGAUGAAAUAUUUGGAUCAAAUCUUGAAAGAAACAUUAAGAAAAUAUCCUCCAGUUCCGAUGCAUUUCCGAAAUACAACUCAGAAUUAUUGCGUACCAAACACCGACGUGACAAUCGAAGCAGGCACGCUGGUUUUGAUACCGAUCUUCGCCAUUCAACGUGAUCCGGACUUAUUUCCUGAGCCGGAGAAGUUCGAACCAGAUCGAUUCAGCCCAGAGGAAGAGGCAAAGCGUCAUCCAUUUGCCUGGACACCGUUCGGAGAGGGUCCGAGAGUGUGCAUUGGACUGCGGUUCGGAAUGAUGCAGGCGCGGAUCGGUUUGGCGUAUUUGUUGCAGGGCUUUAGCUUCGCUCCCUACGAGAAGACCUCUGUACCGAUGCAGUUUAUUGCGAACUCGUUUAUUCUAGCACCCAGGGAUGGUUUGUGGUUGAAGGUGAACAAACUAUAG